CCUACAAUUAUCCUAUAUAAAAAAAUACCUACAAUUAUUGAAUGGUUAAAGUUCGUCCUAAAAAUUAGUAACCAUCGUCCUAACUUAAUAUGUAAUUUAUCGAAUUGCCCAUUUUGAAUUUCAAAAUCAAACACACCCCCCUCCAUAAAUCUUUAAAAAAAAACAAACAUCCAACAAAUUAUCUUAUGGACCGAACCAUAAAUCAUAGUGAAAGAUUAUUAAUAUAAACCAAACAAAUCCAAAAAAAUUCCAAAAUCCUUCAACAUAAGCCAAUUUUUGGUUGUACCAUGGCUCAACCGAAGCCAAUUUUCGGUUGUACCAUGGUGCAACCGAAGGUGAUUUUCGGUUGGUCCAUGGUACAACCGAAAAUUGCCUUAGGUUGAGCCAUGGUACAACCGAAAAUUGGCUUCGGUUGAAGGGUAUUGGGUUUUUUUGGAGAAAAAAAAAAUCGGAUCGUUACCUCAUCGGAGUUGCUACUCUUGAUUCGGACGUAUUCCCAACGAUUACGACUUGAGAAUGUCAACGAUGAAUUCGAAAGUGUGGGAAGAGUGUUUUUCAUAUUUUUUUUAGUCAAAGUGAUGUUUGUUUGCUAAAGAUGCUAAAGGAUUAAAAGUGUAAUUUUGUUAUUUUUUAGGACGAUCAAUAGUAAUUUUAAGGACGAAUUUUAUUGAUUCCCACUAAUUAUCUGCGAUUAUAAUCCCAAAAGAGAAGAAUAUAAAUCAAUUCGAGUUGGAUACGAUGACUACUUAAUAAGUUAACCAUAAAUAGUUAAAUACUUUCUCCCACCUAAAAAAAAGGUUACACGUUUGUUUUUCAUAGAAUCUUUCACUGAGAUUGCGCCAAAUAGAAUAGAAUCCUGGUAAGAACACUGAUAAAACCAAACCCCCGAACUAUAAACCCCCCGAUACUCGGAUCACAAAGUGCUCAUAUCACAAUUCUUUCCACAAAAUCCCACUCCCAAAUUUCCCCUUCUGAAAAUCAUCACCACCGCCCUGUUUUCCCGGCCACCACCGCCGCCGCCGCCAUGGCCGACGUGGAACAACCUAUCGUCGGCGCCGAACCGAGCCCCUUGAAACCCAAGAAGCUAAUCACCCUAGUCCCCCUCAUCUUCCUAAUCUACUUCGAAGUCGCCGGCGGGCCGUACGGCGAGGAGCCGGCAGUUCAGGCGGCCGGCCCGUUCUACGCUCUCUUGGGCUUCCUCAUCUUCCCUUUCAUCUGGUCCAUCCCCGAGGCCCUAAUCACCGCCGAGCUCUCAACCACCUUCACGGGCAACGGCGGGUUCGUCCUCUGGGCCCAACGGGCUUUCGGCCCAUUCUUCGGAUCCCUAAUGGGCUCGUGGAAAUUCCUCAGCGGCGUCAUCAACGUCGCCGCCUACCCGGUCCUCUGCAUCGGCUACGUCGAGAAGAUGUUCCCCGUCCUGCAGUCCGGCUGGCCGCGGAUCGUCGCCAUCGUCGCCGCGAUCCUCGUCCUCGCCUUCGUCAACUACUUGGGCCUCAACAUCGUCGGGUACGCGGCCGUGAUCUUGGGCCUGAUCUCGCUUUCCCCCUUUAUUUUAAUGUGCCUGAUCGCAAUCCCUAAGAUCCGGCCCAAGAGAUGGCUCUCAUUGGGCCAGCCCGGAGUGAAGAAAAACUGGAACCUCUUCUUCAAUACUCUGUUCUGGAAUUUGAAUUUCUGGGACAACAUCAGCACGCUCGCCGGAGAAGUCAACAAACCGGGGAAAGCUUUCCCCGUGGCUCUGCCGGUAGCGGUAACAAUCACCUGUUUAUCAUACUUGCUCCCUCUGUUCGCCGUCACGGGAGCCGUCGACGUGCCGCAAGCGGAGUGGGGAUCUGGGUUCCACGCCACGGCGGCUGAACUCAUCGCCGGGAAAUGGCUCAAGAUCUGGCUCGAAAUUGGGGCCGCGCUGUCCGCAAUCGGGCUGUACGAGGCCCAAUUGAGCAGCUGCUCGUUCCAGAUCCUGGGUAUGGCUGAAUUGGGGAUUCUGCCCAAAUUCUUCGCCACGAGAUCGAAGUGGUUCCACACGCCGUGGGUCGGGAUCAUUGUGCCGACGGCGCUGACGAUUGGGGUGUCGUUCUUGCAGUUCACAGAUAUAAUCUCAUCGGCGAAUUUCAUCUACAGCUUGAGCAUGUUGUUGGAGUUCUCGUCGUUCUUGCGGCUGAGGUACAAGAUGCCGGAGCUUGAGAGGCCGUACAGGAUCCCGAUGAGGCUGCCGUUGCUCUGCGUUUUCUGCUUGAUCCCGUGCGUGUUCUUGGUCUUGCUGAUGGUGAUCGCCACCAAGACGGUGUACAUGGUGAGUGGGCUGAUGACGGCCGGAGCGAUUUUGUGGUUUCUGAUGAUGUGGCAGUUGAGGAAGCACAACUGCUGCGUCUUCGUCGUUGAUCAAGGGCACCAGGCUAGUACGAAUCAGCCUAAUUCCUGAUUUUUUCCCCAGUCGUUCUGGGGUUUCGAAGCAUUUCUUAAUAAUUAGAUCGUCGGUGGUGUUGGUUUUUUGCACUUCUCUUGAAAAGAAAAGAAAAAAAAAAGGUGAAU